ACACGGCAGCCAUCACCCACGGGGACCGAUGACACGUCAUCGCAGGCACCACCCACGAACAUCCGCCCCGAGCACUCCUCCUGUGGUCUGACCUGAGGUCUACGCGAACGCCUGACGGCGGGAAGCGGAGGACGGGGGGAGUGGAGUGGAGGGUUAACAGGGGGGGGGGAGUAAAGGGGAGAACAGAGCUACUGAUCUCCAUGGCAUCGUCGAGGAAGGAGGAGUAUAUAAGCGAUGCCAGGAAGACGAUGGAGAUGGCGGAUGGGAAGGGCAAUGGUGUAAAAUCGUCUUCCGAAUUUACGAACGACCAGACGAGAGAGAGAGGCGACACAGCAGCGCUCAUGCCGGGAUCGCGACCGGCGACAGUGGAUGCGAGAGGGGGGGGACGAAAUCGGGAGCAGCAGCAAACGGAAAGGCAAGAGGAGCGGAGCGGCGUGAGCCAACCGACAGAGAAACCGUCUUCCGCCGUUAGCUCUUCCGUUAGCAAGCGGGGAGAGAGACGGUCUUCCCCGGUCCGGUCUACUUCCGCCGUCACGUCGACGCGGACCCGGGGCCAGGCGGCGGCGGCGGCGGCGGCGGCGGAAGCGCAAUCGUUAUCGACGGGCAGCGCAGGAAGUAGGGGGCAGGGUGGAGAUGCAGUAGCUCUCGUUGGGAGAGCCCACCCCUGCUCUUCACCGACUGCUCGGAGGGGUGUUCACGGAGGCGGAGGCGAUGGAGAUGGCGAUGAUGCAUCCAAGAUCAGAGGGGUGGUGGGUCUCGCGUCCUCUUCUUCCUCCUCCUCCUCUUCCGUGGAGAAAGCCGAAAUCAUCCGUCGAAAGGAAUUGAAAGCCGCUUUUGACAGAUUUGACAAGAAUCGCGAUGGAAAGAUUACAACUGAGGAGUUGGGGGAUGUACUGAAGGCUCUUGGGGAUGAAGCAACUGAUGAAGAACUCACUUUUAUGAUCACUGAAGUCGAUAAGAAUGGCGAUGGCGUCAUAGAUUGGGAAGAAUUCGUCUUGCUUAACACCGUGGACGCUGGGCAGAGGGAGAGAGAGCUCAAGGCGGCUUUUGACGUGUUUGAUCGGGACAACAACGGUUUCAUCACUGUCAAGGAGUUAUAUGAAGCCCUUCGUAGUCUCGAUGACGAUCAGAGUACCAUCACCGAGCAAGAAGUGGAACGGAUGAUUGCUAGAGUGGAUUCAAAUGGGGAUGGAUGUGUUGAUUACAACGAGUUCAAAAAAAUGAUGGAGAUAGAUAUCAAUUCAAGCAAUUAAAUCCGAAAUCGAAAAACCGAAUUGAAUUGGAAUGAAUUUGUUGAUUAGCCACGUCAUUAAGCGAUCCAAUCUAACAACCGAUCCCGUUGUUGCCGCGUCGUCAAGCGAUCAAUCUAUGAACGGUUCUCUUCCGAUUGCCACGUCAUGAAGCCAUCAAUCUGUGAACGGAUCUCCUCCGAUUGCCACGUCAUCAAGCCAUCAAUCUAUGAACGGAUCUCCGAUUGCCACGUCAUCAUGCGAUCAAUUGAACCACUGGUGACGUUGUUGUCACGUCAUCAUGUGAUCGAUUUACCAACUGAUUGUAGGACGUCAUUGUCCUGUGAUUAAGCAACCAAUUGAACAACUAAUUACGUCAAUGCCACGUCAGUGAGGUGAUCAAUUUAACAUUUGAUUAGUCGUCCGCAUCGUGUGGAUAAAGAUUAGCGAGAUCGGACGCAGAGGAUGGUGAUGGAAACGGACAUAAAAAAUUUACUGACCACGACGUCAUCAUCCUAUAUACGAAGUGAUUACCAUCAUCAGCACUCGUCGUCGGGAUAAGGAUCUGCUCCGUGGGAAUUCGACGUCUCUCAUUGAUUGGGUGUGGGUGCAUUGAUGCGCGGUUUUUAUUUUUUUUUCCUGUUUUUUCUUAACAGUGUUGCGCGUCGGGACGAUUGUUCUGUAUGUAUAUAAAUGAUUAUAAAAGUGCUGUUUUUUUUUUUUUCUUCUUUUUCCUUCUCUUUUGGAUAUCGUAGAUCGUGAGGGGUACGUAUCCCACGCAGCUGUUAUCAUACAGUAGUCUUCCGUCCCUCGUUUUUUUCUCUCUCCCUACCAUUUUUUUGUUCUCUCUCUCACUUAAUAAUUUUCUCCCCUCCCAUUUCUUUUUUCCCCUUCCCGCCCACUUUGUCUGUCUGAUUUUCAACAUAGAUGUUUAUUACCAGUACAAAUUAGUUUUUUUUUCCUUUUUUUUUUAAGGAUAGUAUCUAGUCCUACCGCAGUCCACCGAUCCCGAUCCGCACGUUUUCAGACUUGUACACUACGAAAUCACCUCCCAUCUCCUUUUCCCUCCGCAUUUUUCCCCCUCGUUAUUUUCCUUCUUGUGCGAACAUUUUUUUGGUACCCUUGCACUCUUUUUUUUCUGUUCUUUUUUGCUUUUUGGUUUUGUUAUCCUUUUCGUUUGUUUUUUGCUUUUUGGUUUUGUUAUCCUCUUCGUUUUCGUAAGGACCUCGUGCGCACCAUUUGCGGUUUUUUUUUUUUUUUCCCCCCCUUGUUUGACGCGUUUUCAUUAAGGCUGAAUAAAGCAGUGAUAACAGGAUCGUCGACACCAUAUACGUAUAUCUUUUGAGGUCGUGCAAGCCCUUUGCUUGCUCGUCGUAACGGCAGGUCGUUCAGUCCCCGUCGGAAUACCAGCCGGUCCUCAGACCCCCUAAUGCUCUCCUUGAUUGUAUCGCGAACAUGAUGAUGAUGAUGAUGAUGAUGAUGAUGAUGGUGGUGGUGACAUGGUGAUGCUGUCGAUGCGUUGAUGAUGAUAAGGAUGAUGAUGAUGAUGAUAAUGAUAAUGAUAAUGGUGGCGGUGGUGGCAUGGUGAUGAUGGUGAUGAUGGUGAUGCGUUGAUGAUGAUAAUAAUGAUGAUAAUGAUGAUCGUGAUGAUCAUGAUGAUGAUGAUGGUGGUGGUGGUGGUGACAUGGUGAUGAUGGUGAUGCUUUCGAUGCGUUGAUGAUGAUGAUGAUGAUGAUGGAUGAUGAUGAUGAUGGAUGAUGAUGAUGAUGAUGGAUGAUGAUGAUGAUGAUAUUGGUUGCAGCUGUUGUCGGAAAUGAAGAAGCUGAGGAUGA